CAAGGAAUCGUCCAACUACUGCCAUCGUCGAUCGCGUAUCUGAAGUGAAGCAGACUGGUCCAUAUGUAUAGGAGUAUAGAUGAUUAUGGUUGAGCCGUAGACGCGAUCGAGGUGGGGCGGCCCGUCAACGUCCCGGCAACUUCGUCAUACUUGACGCAGGUACCGACAGCUGCCCCAACAUGGAGUCACCACACAGCACACAGCAUAGAGAGCCACCUGGGAUUGGAGGUUGAGCGGAAGAGGAGGAAGGACUACGAGCAACAUGCUACGACGAACAAUUCCACGGGCGACUGCACGCCUGCCACAGUUACUGCGCAGAUCACACCAGCGCCGCUAUGCAACAGAGCCCAUCGCGCCCCCAUCCUCCUCCCAGUCGCGCAUCGAGCGCUUCAAUCGCCGCCUACCAAGAUUCCUGCACAAGUACACCAAUGCGCUCGGCAACGCGCCAGUCACCCACAUAACGUCAUUUCUCAUCCUCCACGAACUCACGGCCAUAAUUCCCUUGUUCGGGCUCGCGGGCUAUUUUCAUUACACGCACUGGCUACCGCCGUGGUUCGCCGAAGGGGCUUGGAUUGCUUCGGGAGUUGAGCGGUUUGGUCGCUACUUCAAGCGCAAGGGCUGGAUACGUAGUGACGAAGCCCUGGAGGCUGAACGUGAAGUCGACGAGAUCCAGAAAGAUGACAAGCAGCGGAAAUGGAUGAAGGGUAGCGGUUUGCUGUCGGCAUCAGACGAUGACGGGAUUGGCAGCGAGACAAAGAGAUUGAGGAAAGUGGAUCAGGCUUGGAACAUCAGUGAAGGUGGUGUCAGGCUCGUGGUCGAGUUCGCGACUGCUUACACCAUUGUCAAGAUGUUCUUGAUUCCAAGGAUUGUGUUCAGCGUUUGGGCUACACCGACCUUUGCAAGAUGGACAGUUUCCCCAUUUCUGAAGGCGUUUCGCGGCAUGUUCAGGAAGAAGGGAAAGAGCACUGAAGCUGUCAAGGGAGGCGCUGCACCCAAGACUAGUAGUGGAAAGAGUACGUGACCUUUAACGGCCUUUUACUUGCCAUCAGACCUUUAGCAGGCCUUAGAGGUUUGUAUUGUACAUGUCUAUGUACAUUCCGAUUAGCUUGCCAAAUUCAAAUAAGUGGUAAGCAUUUCUCAACUCUCUAGUUGAAUUUCAAAGUCACGGC